AUCAUUUUGAAAGUAGACAUUGGUUAUGAUUAAAGCUUUAUGUAUUUUGGUCGUGCUUGGCUUUGCUACUGAGUCACAGUGUCUAGAGUUUACAAUAGGAGCUUUGUUAAGCAGUCAGAAUGCCUUAAAUGGUUUUGAGAAAAUGGUCACAUCGAUCAGAGAUAGUGUCUUCGACGACGUCAUUAAUUUUAAAGCAGCUGGAGAGAUCCUCGCUCUCAACGCACUCAAAGCCACGAAUCAGGUGUGUGAUCUAUUCAACUCAUCAAGAGGUAGAAUGUUUGCACUGAUUAUUUCUCAUCCAAAUGGUGCACCUGGAUCUCCACCUCUAUCAGUAUCAUUUACAUGUGCCUUUUAUCACCUGCCAGUUGUUGGCGUUAGCGCAAGACAUUCGAUUUUCAGUGACAAGUAUAGCCAUGGGAGCUUUCUUCGCACUGUCCCACCGUUUAGUAGUGAGGCAGCUAUUUGGGUAGAUCUUAUCAAAGCUUUUGGUUGGCGUGAAGUCUGUGUUAUUCACUCUGAUGAUCAUGAUGCGAAGAGAGUCCUUUCUUACCUGGAGUCGGCCUCUCAAAGGGGGAUGGAAUUUAAGAUUACACGGCAAGUUCCUAUCAACACAGACGAAGAAGAUGCUGCUCAAAUGAAAGAUUUUAUCAGUCUCUUACAACCUGUAAGAAAUGAACAGACACGCGUCAUUCUGCUAUUUUUACGUCGGAAGUUUGCAGAGUAUGUGUUUUUAGCUGCACGUAAACUUGGAAUGCUAGAUGCAGAAUGGGCUUGGAUAGUUACUGAACAGGCGUUGGAUGCUUCUAAUAUACCUAAUGGUGUUAUCGGUGUUCGACUACUUCAAGCAAGUGAACUUGAUCAUGUUGCUGAUGCAGUUCGAAUUGUUACACAAAGUAUUUUACACUUGGUACGUGCUGACUAUGACGCUAUGAAACACUUGGAUUCAGUUAAAACGUGCAGUGAUAUCCCUUCAGAAAUCCAGUCAAAAUCAAGGGGAUAUGGUAGACUAGCAUAUAGUUGGAAAGACUACGCUUCUAAAUUGUUUCGAGAAAUGAUUUCAAUGAAUCUAACUGAUGGUAGAACUGGGCGCUUGGAAUUCGAUGAGUAUGGUGACCGAAUCAAUCCAAUUUAUGAUGUAGUGAAUGCCCAACUGACCAACCACGAAGUCAGUGAUUCAUCUUCGCAGAAAUCUUUUGAAUUUGAAAGACCCACGCUAGUGUCCGUUGGUAGUUACGGUUUACGUCAGCCAACACCUAUGGAGUGGACUUCUGAUGAACCAUACCCUUCAUUAUUAUCAAUUAAUCUCAGUAAAUUAAUAUGGCCGGGUAACAGUGUUGUUAAACGUCGACAGUUGGUUUGUAUUCAAAGAAAUAGUGAUGGACAGUGUCGCAAAACAGAAAAACGACUUGUACACGCUGCACCAAUAAGUUUCAAAAAGAAAACACAUCUAAAAGUGGUUACAAUAGAAAGUAUUCCUUUUGUGCAUACUCGUCCAAAAUUGAAUGGUAAAUGUAAUGAAUCAGAUGAUACGUCAGUUUUCAAAGCUGAAGUGGAAUGUACUCAUACGGAUCCUGUUACUGGUGUGAAAAAGUCUUACUGUUGCUACGGCUAUUGUAUUGAUCUUCUUCGACUAUUGGCUAACAGAACAGGUUUAGAGUUAACGCCUACUCCAUUCACUUAUGAUUUACAUUUGGUCGGUGAUGGUCAAAUUGGUGAUGCUGGGGAGAAUGAAACACACAAAUGGACAGGUAUUAUAGGUGAGAUUCUGUCGGGCAAGGCUGAUCUAGCCGUUGCUCCUGUCUCAAUUACACCUGAAAGAGCUGCACGAGUGGAAUUCACAAAACCAUUUAAAUAUUUAGGAAUUACUAUUUUAGUCAAACGAGAAAGAGCCAGAUCGAAUCUCGGUUCGUUUCUACAACCUUUCGAAAGUUCACUGUGGGUUCUGGUGGCUUUGUCUGUACACGUUGUAGCUUUUGUACUGUAUUUAUUGGAUCGAUUUUCCCCAUUUGGUCGAUUCAAUACAAAGUUAAAUCCAUCAGAGAAUGAUAAUAACACUUAUUUAACUCUGCAACCAUUGACAUCGAAAAAACAAGCAUCCGAUAGUAAAUCGCUAGUUUUGUUAAAUUCACACGCAAACAAUUCACGGGAAGAUGAAGGCAUAAAUCUUAGCGGUGCUGUUUAUUUUGCUUGGGGCGUUCUUUUAAAUUCGGGAAUAGGUGAAGGCACUCCACGAUCUUUCAGUGCUCGUGUUCUGGGUAUGGUUUGGGCUGGAUUUGCUAUGAUCAUCGUGGCCAGUUAUACUGCAAACUUGGCUGCUUUCCUUGUUUUGGACAGACCUGAAGCAUUAAUAUCUGGAAUCGAUGAUGUUCGACUUCGUAAUCCUCAAAAAGAUUUUUUAUUUGCUACUGUUCGUGGUAGCCCUGUGGACAUGUACAUUAAAAGACAAGUGGAGUUCGCUACCAUGUAUCGUGUUAUGGAGACCAGUAAUUAUGAUUCUGUUGAAGAAGCCAUUCAAGCGAUUAAAUCUGGUUCACUGAAAGCAUUUAUUUGGGAGUCAGCAAGACUACAUUAUGAAGUUUCAUUGGAUUGUGAAUUGAUCACCACAGGUGAAGUGUUUGGUCGAAACAGUUAUGGUUUAGUAAUGAAAAAACGUAAUCCAUGGCUGCAUGAAUUAUCACAAGCUGUUUUAAAUUUUCAUGAAAGAGGAAUAAUGGAGACGCUAGAUACAGCAUGGAUUCAUUUAAAAUCGAAUAACUGUGAAAGAACUGAGUCAAGUCCUGCAACACUUGGCUUAACAAAUAUGGCUGGUGUGUUCAUUAUGAUUGGUAUGGGUCUGGUGGCAGGCGUUGUUUUGACCUUUGUUGAAGUCUUAUGCGUUAAACGUAAAGGCGAGAAGAAGAAAAGACUUGAAUUAUCAACUGCUGCAGUGCAACAAUGGCGUGAUGCUGUGCAUCGUCGAAAAAAUGAAAGGUCUUUGAAGGCACCAAAUCAACAAAUGAAGUUUUGCUAUAAGAGUAUGUCUUCUGAGGAUACUAAUAAACAAUCCGUUGAAGAAGAAGAAGAAGGAGAAGAAAUGAAAGAUCAGUUACAAUCCCCUAGUACUUGUCCGCAAACCAACUCUAGUCAUAAAGAAUGUGUCAGUUUUAAAAGUGACUUGUCAGUAAGUACCAAAGCAGAACAGUGUAAUGUCCAUGAUGAUUCACUCAUUACCAAAGGCAGCACUUGUCGUAAACGUAAAGCCACUGACUGUGGUAACAGUGACAAUGCUUUUAGUGAUACACUGAAUUCUGAUUUCUGCACCAGCAAUAACUUUAAUCAUUUCAAUGAAAAUGUCUGCAUAACCACUUAUCACUGCAGUUCAAGUUGCAACAAAGUCGAUGUUAAUGACAAGCAAGACGGUAAUGUUGAUAGUGAUUGUAUGGAUAAUAACAAAUUCAGAAGAAGUGUUAAUCAUGCUGUUAAAGUUAGUAAUAUUAAUUCAAAUAUAAUUUCAAGUGUAUAAUACACUUCAGUAUGGAAAACUUGUUCUUUCAUGACGUAAACAGAGUUCCAGUUUAAAAGACUAGAUAGAUGAUAAAGUAUAUAUUUUAGAUAAUUAUGUUAUAUGAACCCACUAGAAAAAGUAUUUGUUUUCUCUGAAUUCACUUGCGUAUAUCUACAACUUUUAUACAUAAAAAAUAUCAUAGUGAUUUGUUACUAAUGCCUCUGUUGUUGUUGGUGGUGGUGCUGCGGCUGCUGUUGUUAUUGUUGUGUCUGUUAUCUAUUCUAGUCAUUUGUUCUCUUCUAAAUACGAUUGUUAUUAAGCUCUGUUAAACAUAUUUUUAAUAUUUCAUAGUUCUUUUCUUUGAAUUUAACUAACUUAUGAAGCAAGUUUCACAUUCCAUCGUUGCUUAAUAAUGCAUUCUUAUUGCGUUUUUGUGUUUAAGUCACUUUACUCUUUGUAUCAUUUUAGUUGUUUCUAAUGAAAAAUGAUUGUCAGUAGUCAAAAGGAGUGCAGGGGUGGUUGGGAGUUGGAGAAAACCACCAAAUAAUUGACUACUUAAAUAUGAUGCCUUCAACACUAGCUAGUCUCCAAAUUUACUGCCUAUUAAAAAUAGCAUUCUUGUCUGCUUAGAUUUCCCUACAAUGACAGUCAUCUAAUAAUUAUUCUCAUUGUUCAUUUGUUCCGCUUGCUUUCAUUUGUUUUGUUUUUUCAGAGAGAAAAAAAGAAGGGUGAUUUGUUUAUCUCCAGGCUGUCAUUUUAACUUUAAAAUUUAAUUUGAUAUGCUAUUCCAUUCAGUUGAACUUUAAAAUAAUCUUGUGAGCUGCUGAAAGUUGACUUAUCUCUUCCCCAUUUUUUUUUACUGUGACGCAAUAUUUACUUAUGCCUUGUCGUGAUAUUUGUUAAUUAUUAUGUGUAUAUUUAUAAUAGUGUCUUACCAGAAAAAUAUUUUUACCUCUUCCAUUUAUUCAGAUAAAAUAAAGUUUUCAGAUACAAAC